UACUUUUCUUGACGUUGUUACUACUUUUAUUAGCGCUGGUACUACUUUUGUUGGUGAUGUUACUACUUUUGUUAACGCUGGUACUACUUUUAUUAGCGUUGUUACUACUUUUAUUAGCGCUGAUACUACUUUUGUUGGUGAUGUUACUACUUUUGUUAACGCUGGUACUGCUUUUAUUAGCGCUGAUACUACUUUUGUUGGUGAUGUUACUACUUCUGUUAACGCUGGUACUACUUUUAUUAGCGUUGUUACUACUUUUAUUGGCGCUGUUACUACUUUUGUUGGUGAUGUUACUACUUUUGUUGGUGAUGUUACUACUUUUGUUGGUGAUGUUACUACUUUUAUUAGCGUUGUUACUACUUUUAUUAGCGCUGUUACUACUUUUGUUGACGUUCUUACUACUUUUGUUGGCAUUGUUACUAUUUUUUGUUGGCAUUGUUACUACUUUUUGUUGACGUUGUUACUACUUUUUGUUGACGUUGUUACUACUUUUUGUUGGCGUUGUUACUACUUUUUGUUGACGUUGUUACUACUUUUUGUUGACGUUGUUACUACUUUUGUUGGCGUUGUUACUACUUUUUGUUGGCGUUGUUACUAUUCUUAGUAAUUUUAUUAAAUAUUUAGUGUUGUUAUGUUUUAUCGAUUGUUGUUGGGCUUGUUACCUAAUUUUGAUAUAUUGAGUAGCCGUUACAGUUCUUAAUUUGUGUUUUAGUCCUUCCAAAAACCUUCUUUUCUUCGUUACUACAUAAAACCAUAAAGUCACAUCCGUUCCAUGCUUUCACAACACACCAAUGUAACGUGUAAUAAUCUUGUUAUAAUAUUCCGUUAUUUUAUUCUUUUUCACUCUUUCAGAGUUUAGGACACAAAUGAAAAUUAAAAUGGAGAAUUCAUGGUUGUUCUUUAUUUUACUGACUGUCCGCUAUCUAACUGGUGAAAGCAACAAUCUCAACUUGUAUGGUCACUUUGAUAUCAGCAUGUCAGAAUUUGAGAGUACGCGUUGUACCAUCCUUAACAGAGAUGUCGGCGUGUUAUUCUACGAAGCUUUUCGUUUCGCAGUGAAAUCCAUAAACGAGAAGCCGGAUAGUGUACACGGAAAAAAGUUCAACGCCUUUUUCUUGGAUACGUGUCAUGAUACAAAGAUGAAUCCGUACUUUACUAUGCUUUACCAAGGUCUGGCUGUAAUCGGUCCAUACAGUUCUGAAAUAAGUGAAUUUACCGCCCGUUUUCUUACGCCUUUCCGCCUGCCAACGAUAAGCUUCGGUGCUUCAUCCGGGAAGUUAUCAAAUCGAGAAAAGUUUCCCGAGUUUUUUCGGACUGUGCCGGAAGAUCAAUAUGCAGCAUUGACUUACGUGUCUUUGGCGCGGAAAUUUAACUGGAAUUAUGUUGGUAUCAUGUACACAAACAACGAAGAUGGGACGUCUUUGAUGAGUGAAUUUCAAAAUCACAUGAUGGUGGCACGGAAAUGCAUCGCUGUUAUUGAAGGGAUAAAAAACGAUGCGCCGGCUAAUAAGUAUCGCGAGGGUAUCCAACAGGUUCUUCAACAUAAGACGGUGAAGGUUGUGUUUUUGUUUCUCUCAAUGAAGGGAUGUAAUGCGUUCUUCACUGUGGCACGAGAAUUUCAAGAACAGUUAAAAAGAUUGCAGUUAGUGAUUGGUACAGGGUGCUCGACAAUGGUACAAGUCCCUCCCUUUUUCGAAUCAACAUUUCGUGGGAUGAUUACAGUGCAAAUAUCUGAUCCCUUUCCGUAUGAUUUUGAAGAAUAUUUCUCAUCCUUAACACCUGAGAAUAACAAGGCGAAUGGAUAUUUUAGCGACUACUGGGAACUAGUUUACAACUGUACUCUUCGUAACGUAUCUGCCGAUAAUUACUGUCACCAUAGAAAUAAUACCGUUUUUAACAGAUGGGCACCUGUCCGGCCAAUCAUUGAAGCUGUUCAAUUCUUAACUAAUGCUUGCUAUGAAGCGUUUAAUAUUAUGUGUGCGGAAGAUGGGAACCCAGAUAAAUGCUACGCCUCGAACGAACCGCGCAAAAUAAACAAACUUCGAAGAAUUAUAUCCGAGAAACUACUCUACGUGAACAAUACGAAUGACGGGAAAUUACAAAAGUUUACAAAAUUUGGAAGCCUAAUGAGUGAUUUUGACGUGUUGCAAUAUCAAAGCGAUACUGCGACAGGUUUAUAUACCUUUGUUAAGGUUGGAAUAUGGAAUUUUACAAAAUACGAAACUGGAGAACAACCGCUUCUGCUCUCUCCGUCGUUGAACCUCACGGACUCUGUUUGCAGUCAGCCAUGCAAGAAGAAAGAGAUUAAGGAAUUUGUAGAUUAUUACGGUUUGUUGGGUUGCUGUUGGAAAUGCAAACCAUGCGCAAGUGAACGAACAAUGAUCAUUGUGAAUAACACUUGCAAGUCUUGUUUACUUGGAGAGAAAGCUAAUGACGAACAGACGAAGUGUUUGACUCUCCCAAUCUUGUCAAUAACUCCCGAAUCUCCACUGUCGAUCGUUGUGGUUGUGUUUAGCUGUUUAACAUUAAUACCGAUUAUGAUUAUAUGCGCUGUGUACCUUCAUAAUUAUUCUACGCCACUCAUUAAAGCAACUAGUCGCGAGCUGGCUUUGUUUUCGUUGGCUGGUUUGGCGCUGAUGCUAAUCACGCCUCUUUUCUACAUUCAACGCCCUACGCCUGUUAUUUGCGCAACGCAAAAGUUGAUGUUUGGGUUAUCACUGACAUGCUGCUAUGCUCCGUUAGUGCUAAAGACAAAUCGAAUCUAUCGAAUCUUUGUAAGUUCGCAUAAGUUUAAGUUACGUCAGUUGAUGCUCGUUUCAAUGACGUCACAAUUUAUGCUGAUAGGAGGAAUGGUAGGGAUACAGCUUUUGAUGGCAAUAUUUUGGAUUCUAACUGAUCGACCCAUGGUUUAUUCUCAAUAUCCGAUUGAUGAAGAUUACGUCAUCACUUCUUGUACGUUUACCAUUACAAGCGGGGCGUUAAACAUCAUUUUUCCAGCCGCCCUUAUGGUCGCCAGUACAUUUUGGGCGUUCAAAACCAGAAAUCUGCCAGAGACAUUCAGUGAAAUUAAAAGUAUUGGCGUCACAAUGUAUGUCACAUUGUUUUUCUCAACAUGCGCACUAGCGCUGACUGUCAUCAUUGGUUCGGUGUUUUUAUUCGUACAGACCUACGUUCUGUGUUUUACAUUUCAAGUUAUUGUGGCUGUCACCCUGAUUGGUCAGUAUGCUAAGAAGGUAAAGUUGAUUUAUCUGGCAGACAACUUCGAUCCUAACCCUUCCCGAGAAAACCAAACGGAGAUAUCAACAAUAAGAAAUAAUUUCACGUCACCUUCAAACAGUCCGAAUUUGAAUGGACGUACGACGCACAAAGAACAAUAUAAAACCCAAUCAUCCUUAUUCGUGGCCGACAAAAAUUUCAUGCAAAACUCCUUCACAUCCAUGCGAACUCCUGGAUCACCAAGAGUGAAAAGAUUUAGCAUUGAUUUGAGCUGAUCUUCAGACCUUUACAGAAAUGUUUUGAUCAUCAAAGAUCUUGAUUUUUGUCUGAUGGAAUACCUCAGACCUUUUAAGUUACAGAAAUGAUUUGUUCAUCAAAGGCCUUGUAAGCUAGGUGAAAAUAAUCUUAAAUUUGAUUUGAUCAUGAUGUUUGUCUGGGGAUAUACCUUAGACCUUUGAGCCAUAGAAAUAAGUUUUUAACCAAACGCCUUGUUGCAAACUCAGUGGAGAUAAUCUUUUAACAUUGACAAUGCGUAGAAGGUAUUAAAGAUGGCAGCUUGUUGUAAAAAAUGUUGUCUUUGUUUUUUGUAUGAAGUAAUCAGCGUAGCACAAAAACUCAAAUACGUCGCAGAAAUGCUUAACAGAUAGUUUCGACAUUUUAUCAGUUAAUUUAAACAGUUUAUAUUUCCAAUUAGUGUAAAUGUUUAGUCGAUACAAAAAAAAAAUAAUUUCCUCAGCCUUUUAGAGAAUUGUUUAAAUUAUCGUCCCCACCUUAGCGGACAUAAAUUUGGAAGCUGACUAUUCCCUAAAAUGUUUGUUUCUCUUUCAUGGCAAAGUUAAUGUGAUCGGUUUCCUGUAUUUACAUACAAUUUGUUAAAAAAACCUAGUAUGAGCCCUUAUCUUUAAAAGUUAGGGUUAGGCGAGGAAAAUCCAUUUUCUCGUUCACUCCAGUCGUUUUACGAUUUAUUAGAUGAACAUACUCUCAGUUUCGUGUUUUUUGGUUAUUUUUUAUGUAAAAACCGUAAUGUACAUCUUAAUAUAUAUAUAAAUAUUGUAUAUAAUUUUAUAUCUGCUCAACUAAUCAGAAAGUAGUUUCUUUUCUUUUGUCUUUAUUUUGUCAAGCGUC